GAGGACAACUGUGUCUGGUAAUAUCUAUUGAAUUGCUUUCAUCUUCCACAACCUCCGACCACCACCAGCAAUUCUACUAUGAAUUUCGCCGGAAUUAUCGUGACCCAUUUCGCCGGGGAAUGAGCUUUUACUACCCAAUUAAUGAGAAGAGAGAUGGGAGAAGACAGGAGAGUCAGCGAAGAGCAGAAGCGAAAUACUCAGGAAGGAUGCACAGGAGAAUCUAAUCUCAGGAAAGCAAUUCAACGUAUAUCUGCUUUGAUAUCUCUUUCUAAUUCCAUCAAAGUUUUCCCUGUGAAAUGGCAGUUGAUCAGAAAGAAGCUGGACGAGCUGAAUUCUGGUUUAACAGCUGCCGAGAAGUGCGACUUGGGCGAAAAUUCGAAAUUCUCGGAGUUAAUUCCAUCCAUAGAAAAGACCCUUAAUGACUGCUAUGAUCUUGCUCGCCGAUGUGUUGACCUGUCCUACAGUGGGAAGUUGCUAAUGCAGAGCGACCUCGAUGUGAUGUGUGCAAAAUUCGAGCUUCAUAUCAAGAAACUAGCAGGAAUUUACACUGCUGGAAUUCUGACUAAUGCGCUUGUAGUGUCAAAGCCCAGUAUUGGAGCUCGUAGAGAUGACAUGAAGUUCUACGUCAGGGAUCUGUUGACGCGACUCAAGAUCGGAGAUUUCGAGAUGAAAAGCCAGGCUUUGGUGGCUCUGAACGAGAUUGUUUGUGAAGACGAAAAAUAUGUGAGAAUUGUUAUAGAGACGGGCGAAAUAAUAAGUCUUUUGGUGAAUUUUCUGGAAUUUCCUGAGAUUGGGAUUCAAGAAGAGUCAGCAAAAGCCAUUUCGGUGGUUGCAGGAUUUGAUACCUAUAGAAAUCUGCUUGUUGGGGCCGGAAUCAUUGCUCCUUUGAUUCGGGUUUUGGAAAGCGGAACUGAUUUGGGAAAAGAAAGAGCUGUAAGGGCUCUGCAGAAACUGACAGAGAAUUCAGACAAUGCUUGGUCGGUUUCUGCUCAAGGGGGAGUUACGGCUCUGUUAAAGUUGUGCACUUCCGGUAACGAGAAAGGAGGAAACAUAAUAGUUCCAGCUUGUGGGGUUCUAAGGAAUCUUGCUGGAGUGGAGGAGAUCAAACGAUUCAUGGUUGAAGAAGGUGCUGUGUCUUGCUUCAUCAAGCUUGUGAGGUCGAAAGAGGAAGCCUCACAAAUAAGUGCAAUCGAACUCCUCCAAAUCAUUGCUUCUGGAGAUGAAUCCGUUCGGCAAAUGGUCAUCAGAGGAGGAGGAAUCCAGAUGCUUGUCCUUGCAUUGGAUCCAAAAUCUUCCUUCUCUUCCAAAGCUCGAGAAACUGCACUCAGAGCAAUCGAAAGUCUCUGUUUCUCUUCCAUGAGUUCUCUAAACAUCCUGAUGAAUUGCGGAUUUCUUGAUCAACUCCUGUAUUUCCUUCGCAACAGUGAGGUCUCAGUUCAGGAAUUAGCCGUGAAGGUGGCGCUCCGUCUCUGCAGGACAACAGAGAAGACUAAAAAGGCAAUGGGUGAUGCAGGUUUUAUGCCAGAGCUUGUGAGAAUGUUAGACAUGAAAUCUUUCGAAUUUCGUGAAAUGGCAGCUGAAGUGCUCUGUAACAUGGUUUGCAUCCCAAGAAACCGGAAGAUAUUCGUGCAGGAAGAUACCAAUAUUGGACGAAUUCUGCAGUUGCUUGACCCAGAGGAAGGGAAAUCAGGUAAUAAGUUCUUGCUCUCUAUAUUGAUGUCAUUGACCAGUUGUAAUAGUACAAGAAGAAAGAUUAUGAAGUCUAGUUAUGUGAAGAACUUGGAAAAACUUGCCGAAGCUGAAGAUAUAGAAGCCAAGAGAAUUUUAAGGAAGCUUUCUACAAACAGAUUUCGCAUUAUCUUGAGUGGAAUCUGGAGCUCUUGAAUGUUGUUCUUUUACUGUAUAGCAAUUUCAAUUGCAUAUAUGUUUACAAGUUUCUUAAUUUGUGAUACACCUUUAAAUUAAGUUUUCCUUAUUGUAGAUUCAUA